GUCACCGGCAACGCACAGCACCAGUCCGCCGCAGCCUGUCAUUGAGCACCGAACAGCGAGGACGUGUGUGAACGAUAAGAGAGCCUGGCCCCGACGCGCUGCAGCAAGAUGUGGUCACGGGUUUCCCUGCUGGCGCUGAUCCUGCAGGCGGCGGAUGCUUUCAGUAGAACUGACUGCCCGCAGCCAUGCAUCCCGAUCGACAAGUGUCCGGAUUUAAUCAAGUUAAUUCAGACGAACAUCAGAGCUGUGCAGGAAGCAACGUGUGGCUUCCAGGGCCAAAUGCCGCUGGUUUGCUGUCCUGCCCCUUCAAAUGAGCCUUUGGUAUCAAGCUCCACCACCACUAGCAAGCCUCCCGUCCCCAACCCGCUGCUACCGAAGAGCUGUGGCCAGUCCCACAACGACGACAGGAUCCACGGGGGAAAUGAGACGCGCAUCGGCGCCUUCCCGUGGAUGGCGGCCCUCGGCUUCAAGAACAGAUUCACCAAUAAGCCUGACUUCCUGUGCGGGGGCUCCGUGAUCAACGAGCGAUACAUCCUCACCGCGGCCCACUGCUUCGGAAAAGUCCUGGAGGUCGUCCGACUAGGAGAAUGGGAUACGUCAACUGAUGAGGAUUGUGAGAUAAGCAAGAAAGGAAACAAGUUCUGCGCCCCGGAGCCACCGCAGGACUUUGACUUUGAGGAGAUCAUUGAACACCCAGAUUACGGCAAACGUGGUGUUGUAUCUGAUGACAUCGCUCUCAUCAGACUUGCAAGGCCCAUCAAAUUCAAUGAGUGGAUCCAGCCCGUGUGUCUGCCGGACCGUGACAUGGAUGUGCCUGCAGCCCUGGGCGAGAAGUGGGCCAUCAUUACGGGCUGGGGCUUCACCGAGAAUGGGACCACCAGUGACCGACUCCUGCAAGUGUCACUGCCGCUUGUGGAUAUGGCACGCUGCAACCAGACCUACCAAGGGAAACUGGUUGGCAAACAGCUGUGCUUUGGAGGGACUAAAGGCCAAGACUCCUGCGGGGGUGACUCUGGGGGUCCCCUGGUGAUGUCUGAGCUCAGUGCUCCGCCUUACACGCAAAUCGGGGUCGUGUCCUUCGGCCCCACUAGCUGUGGGAAGAAGGACGUGCCCGGAGUGUACGCGUCUGUGUCCAGCUACAGGGACUGGAUUGACGAGAACAUGAGGCCAUAACGUGGGAGGAAGGUCCUGGCAACAUUGUGAGGCGAGAAGGCUGCACAACGCGCUGGAGAUUCCGAUACAAGAGGGCACAGAGCAGCCAAAGCUUGCACCCCCCACCUUUCUCAGGCUCACUGCAAGUAUGUCCUGACCCGAAAGUGACCAGAGUAUAAUAUAACACCAUGAAAAAAAAAACAGCAGUAAAGUCCCCGCAGCACUAGAUGACUCUGAGCGAGACCUGCCUGGAAAACUUAUGGCAGCCUUGACCAAGCCCUUGAGGAAGGCGAAGCCCUUGAGACUUCAGAGGUCUCCUGGGCCAAGACGAAGGUACUAUACAACAAGUGUUUGGAGGGGUGCUAAAUGAAACAGUACAGUGUUCAUGCGUGUGGCGAGGACAGUGAGAUCUCGGAAUAUUUUACAUACCGUACCUUGGUAGCGUAGUUCAGAACAACGGUGAGUCUCGCCAGGUAGUCUUACGACGGAUUGGCUUGGCCCACGGUGUUAUGGACUCGCUCAACACGAGUAUAUGGCGUUGUCGAUACCUGUGCAGGACAAAGAUCCGAAUUUUCAAGUCCCUUGUCCUCCCCGUCUUACUCUAUGGCUGUGAGACAUGGACACUCAAUGGUGACUUGGAGAGGCGGAGUGAUGCCUUUGGUAAUAAAUGUCUACGCAGAAUCAUGGGAUAUCGCGCGAAUGUCUGUGUCAAACCGGCGACUACUCCGUGAGACUGAUUCGACUUAUUUUACCUGCAUAGGCCAUCAACGCCAACUCCGGCUAUACGGGCACGUGGCACGCUACCCAGAAGCUGAUCCUGCUCAUCGGGUUGCAAAUCUGAGUGGAGGAGGACAAGGGGACGCCCACGGAUUUCGUGGCUUGAGCAAGUCAAUAGAUCUUGCCAGGAGGUACUCAGGAUGGGAUUGGGGCCUGCAUGGAGACUCGCGCGGAGGGAACCCCGGACUAGGCGUCGUAGGGUGGGUGAGGCGACGCACCCCCCGGCGAAUGCCCCCAUUGACUGAUUAAUUGAUUACUCAGAUUGCUGCAUAUAUGGUACUUUAUGACAUCAUACUGAGGAUGUAGGAACGGCACAAGAUGCCAAAAAUGAAUAAAAAAACAGGCAAAGUACUGAACAGACUCGGGAUAACUCCACUGUCCUGCCGCCUGUCGUGUGUGAAGGCCAGCUACAUAUUUCACUUCUCGGCUGUCAUAUUCUUGAACAUUUUGGCCCCCAAGCACACACAUUUAACAAGGCUUUCGUAGUUGUGGGUAUUUCCAAGGGUAGUUUUAUGGCCCCGGUGGUAGUUUGACCUUUCUGUACCUUGAACAUGAAAAAAAACACUCAUUACAGCCUGAUUAAUUUUUUUUUUCGGACUUUGGAAAUAGUUGAUGGGAGAGGAGAAAGUGUUUGAGAAUACCCACCAAAGUUUCCAGACCCCGCAGGUCAUCUGUUUGAAAAGCCUCGUAGAAGUUGCUUGGCUUUUCAUGGGUUGUUUUGUGAUCUUAGGGCCAAUUCGACAGUCCAACAGAGUCAUUGUAAGCGCUCAAACCAAACUAUAAUCUCCACAAUGAUCCGUUUUUUCUUCGCAAUACCAGAUACUAAAGAGAAUUCCCGUGUGGUUUGCUAAAAUUUAAUCCUAUUUAUAUCAAUCGCAAACACAAUACAAGGAAUUUUCGUAGUAUUUUGUUUGUUUGGUUGGGGAGCUUACGAGCUUGCUGUACUGGACUGUAAAACUGGCCCUUAAUGAUAGUUUAACACGACUUAUACACCCUGAACUGGAAAACCGCCCAUAAAAACAAUGUUAAUCUUCUCUGUGGCCUUGGAAAAUAGUCGUAAUGGGAGUCCGAUACGUUUAAGACUAUGGACUAAUAUGUGCAUGGCGCUCACUCUUGGACGUUAGGUUGGAAUAGGUUAGUCCAGAGUAAAUAAGGGUGAUACUGAGAGCUUUGUUUUAGAAUCCUAGUGAGAGUAUUUUCCAGAAAAUCAUAUGGUUAGUUUCGGAGCUACAACCGAACGUCUUGACUCGGUGACCACGUGCCCGUAGGGAGAUGUGGAUCAUUAGUUUGAGCGCCUGCAAAUACUCUUUAUAUAUCUCUGAUAAGGGGCCUUGACCGAGUGACUUUGAAGGCCGGCUGGCUGUUGUUAGAUAAGUUAGCCUGGCCAUAGACGACAUUGAACACUCGGUCAGGGCCCCUUUUCAGAGAGCUAUAGAUAGUAUUGUAGGCGCUCAAACUAAGGCUUUUUCUUCAUUAUAGGACCAGCAGUUUUUCAACAUGGCUCCUGAUACUAAGGAGAUUUCCUGUUUAGUAUCCUCAAAUUCCUUACAUGAGCACCAAAUACUACAGUACAACACACUUUCGUAGUAUUUUGGGUUUGGUUCAGAAGCUUAUGAACCCGUUGUGUCGAGCUGUGGCCUAUAAAUAUGACUCGGUGGUUCCACUUCAAUGGUCAAAAAGAACUCCCACACUACACGCAGCCAAGGAUUUUUUUAUUUUUUAUUUCCACGGCCGUGACACACCCGCAUGUCGUACGCUACAAUUUUUCAAAGCGAGUAUGGCCACAUCUCGCAGCAAGUGCUCAUUAUCGUGGAUCUCUUGGUAGUUGGUACUGCCAGGACCUCACAUACCACACACCCCAUGCCCCUUGCUCAAGGGAGGACAGUAACCACUCCUAAUCAACGGAAAGAAUCCGGCCUGAGCGGGGCUCGAACCGCCGCCUGUUUGGCCGUGAAGCCUUACAGAGCAGCACUCUAACUGUGUGUGUGUGUAAAUAUGCAGAGUCUGAGCUACAUAUGUGUGUGCGUGUGUGUGUGUGUGUACACACACACACACACACAGAGAGAGAGAGAGAGAGAGAGAGAGAGAGAGAGAGAUUGGCGGGAGCGAGGGAGAGUAGAAGGGCGGAGAGCGGAGGGCAGGUGUGAGUCAGGUCAAGUGUCGUGGUGGGACUGAUGGGGUUGCCUGCUCGGUCAUCUUUUUUUUUCUAUACCCUGUGCUACGUCACUGGGUCUCGGGGAGGAGCCUCGGGAGGAUGCGCGGAAUGGGACGUAUUUUGAGCCGACCGUGGGUUGACCUCCCUUUAUUUAGACCUUGGUUACACACACACACACACACACACACACACACACAUUUUCUCUCUCUCUCUCUCUCUCUCUCUCUCUCUCUCUCUCUCUCUCUCUCUCUCUCUCUCUCUCUCUCUCUCUCUCUCUCUCUCUCUCUCUCU